CUGAUUUCGGCGAUUCAGCGCGACAUGCGCGACAUUUUCGUCGACAAGGGUUCUUUUUCCAAUCCGGCUUCCAUCUUUCGUACUUCGAGUUAUUAGUCUGUUUCGAGUAACCUGAAGUAGCUGAUGUUGCUUAAUACCGCAUUUCCUCUCUGCAUUCGAGAUCGAUCGCUGUUUGCUUGGUCGGUUGGUGGGGUUGUCGAAAAAUUUUGUUUGUGUUUCUUGAUGGUCCUCAUUUUGGGCUUUUUUUUGCUUUUCUUACCUAAUCUGCUUUACUUGAUGUGUUUUUGUUUGGAUUUCCUAAUCUUAUGCACUUCCUGCGCACACCCGUUUUGGUUCUCAUCAGGCUUUAUGAGCUGCAAUUUGGUGUUUGCAUAAAGUUUUAGAGGUGAAAAAUGUCAUCUUUCCGGCAGUUGUCACGAAUUGAUACCGCUGAGCUCAAGGCUCAGUUGUUUAAGAAGCUUGGGCGCCGAAAAGCCGAGAGGUACUUUUAUAUCCUCAAGAGAUUACUGAACUUGAAACUCAGCAAGUUGGAGUUCGAGAAGCUGUGCUAUGGGAUUAUCGGAAAGGAAAAUCUUGCCCUUCAUAAUUUGUUCAUCAGAUCGAUCCUUAGCAAUGCGUGUCUUGCGCUUGCACCACCUAGCAGAGAGACAAUCACAGGAAAUUCACGGACUAGUAAGAUGUCGAGCUUCGGUGAAACCUUCCCAGCAUCCCCUCGGAGGGGAAGGUCUAUAAACAGCAAGGACCGUAGAUCAGCUGACCGAGCAAGACUCCUUGGGCCGUAUGGUAAAAUUCCUCCUGGACAUGUUCAAGAAGUCACAAAUUCUUGUGAUCUUCAGAGGCCACGGGAGCAACAAAGUGCUCCAGAGUUGAUAUCUAUUGGUAGCAAAGCUCUAGCAUCCGUUGAAGAUGGGGAAGAGGUUGAACAAUAUAGAUGUAGCCCAAGUGUUCAAAGUAGAAGUCCUUUAAGGCCUCCUCUUGGCAUUCCAGUGACACUUGGUGAUCCUCCUAGUAAAUUUUUUCGUACUGGUUUUAAAUCAAGAUUAAAACUUAUUGAGCCAAAUGUUCUUGACAGUUGUCUUCGUACUUCUCAACUGCCAGAUACAAGGUCUUUGAGGGAUCGGUUGGAGCGUAAGUUGGUGGUUGAGGGCCUUGGUCUGUCGGUUGACUGUACUAAUGUGUUAAAUCAUGGAUUGGAUGCAUUUCUAAGGAGGCUGAUAAAACCCUGUAUGGAUUUAGCUAGAGCAAGACACAGUUUUAAUAGGACGAGUCAAGGGGAUGGAAAGAUUUUCCCCAAUAUGAAAGGUUUGUGGCAAGUGGGUCAAGUGCAAACAUCGAAUGAGUCCUACUAUGCUUCUUUACUCGAUUUUCAGUCGGCAGUGGAAUUGAAUCAUAAAAUACUUGGAGGUGAUUGGCCUCUACUGCUUGAGAAGAUAUGCUCACAUUUAUCGGAAGAAUGAAAAGUGACCUGUGUAUGGUCUUAGUCCCUCUUUUGUGGUGAUUCCAGAGUUGAUGCAAAUUAAAGGAUCCUGUGAGCUUUCAAUACUGUUGAUGCAAUAAUAUGCAAUUAUUGUUAUCUGAAGAAUUUAUAAUGAAAAGGCCUUUUUCAGUUUCAAGACAUUUAAACUUACACACCAAGCAUCUUCCAACAUGUGACAUAGAGAACAAGACACACUUCCUUCUUGAUAGGUUCGGUCAAUUCUCAAGGUGCUGAUUUCUUGUGAUGGAUCCAUGUCCUAGUUAUUAAAUGUAAAAAAUUCAAAUUUGCAACUUUGCAGCUUAAAGAAAUUAUAAGUUCAUAGUCAUUUUUGAAUA